AUGGCAUCUUCUUCUCGUAAUAAUUUCGAGGAAAUGAUAUCAGAUGAAGCUUUUGAUGAAGCUUUUGAUCAAGCUUAUGACCAAGCUUAUGACCAAGCAUUCGAUAAUCUUUUAAUUGCUCAUGUUCCUUUCUUUACACAAAAAAGAGAUGCUACCGGAAGACUCGGACUCUCUGCAUUACAGAAGUCUACUGCAGCAAUUCGUAUGAUGGCAUAUGGUUGUGCGGCUGAUGCAGUUGACGAAUACCUUCGCCUAGGUGAGAGUACUGCAAUCUCAUGCUUGGAAAAUUUUGUGGAAGGAAUCAUAUAUUUGUUCGGAGAUGAAUUCCUCAGAAGACCGACACCAGAAGAUCUUCAACGACUGCUUGAUGAUGGAGAGUCCCGUGGAUUUCCCGGGAUGAUAGGAAGCAUUGAUUGCAUGCAUUGGGAGUGGAAGAAUUGUCCCACGGCUUGGAAAGGGCAGUACACACGUGGUAGUUUAAAUGAUAUCAAUGUUCUUGAACGCUCACCAGUUUUUGAUGAUGUUUUACAAGGCAAAGCUCCAAAAGUGAAGUACAUUGUUAACGGGCAUCAGUAUCGUUUGGCGUACUAUCUCACCGAUGGAAUUUACCCAAAAUUGGCUACAUUUGUCCGAUCCUUUACACAUCCAGAAGGUGAAAAGGCAAAAUUGUUUGCUAAAUGUCAAGAAUCUGUCCGUAAAGAUGUUGAACGUGCUUUUGGAGUCUUGCAAGCUCGUUUUGCUAUUGUCAAAAAUCCAGCUCUUAUUUGGGAUAAGGUAAAAAUUGGAAAGAUCAUGCGAGCAUGUAUAAUACUUCACAACAUGAUAGUUCAAGAUGAACGGAAUGGGUACAUUCGUUUUAAUGUUGAAGAAUUCACACAAGUAGAGGCAAACAGAACAUCGCAAGUGGAUUUAUCAUAUGAAACAGAUAUGCCGUCAAAUAUCAAUAAUUUGAUGGGCAUUCGAGACGAUGUUCGUGAUCGAAGGACGCAUGAACGAUUGAAAAAUGAUUUGGUGGAGCACAUUUGGAACAAAUUUGGAGGAAUUUAA